ACAACGACGCGCAUUUCAAUGAAGUGAACCGCAUCGGUGUCAAGCAUCCCCCUCCAUGAUCAUCCUCAGUCCCUGAGGCUUGAAUUCGACUCUGGAUGCUUCCGACCUAGAAAAUGCAUCUCUCCAAGAUCUCCGCAUUCCUAACACCGGUCCUCAAUGCUGCUGCGGUGCUCUCCAGUCAAGCUCCGGCCGAUGAUCUCUCCGUCCUGAGUAACGAGGUAGCGAGGGCCAACAACCAGUCUUUACUAUGGGGUCCUUAUAAGCCGAACCUCUACUUUGGGGUUCGCCCUCGUAUCCCGAACAGUCUGUUCGCAGGAUUGAUGUGGGCCAAGGUGGACGACUAUGCCACGGCGCAACAGAACUUCAGACAUACGUGCGAGCAAAAUGAAGGCAUGGCCGGAUAUGGGUGGGACGAGUACGACAUUCGGAAGGGUGGCCGGCAGACCAUCCAUGACGCCGGAAACUCCCUCGACUUGACAAUUGAUUUUGUGAAGGUCCCUGGUGGACAACAUGGAGGCAGCUGGGCUGCUCGUGUGAAGGGCGUUCCUCGCGAUGAUGCUCCCCUUGAUCAACCCACGACCGUCAUGUUCUAUGCUGCGUUGGAGGGAUUGGGCAACCUGGGCGUUGCGACCAACUCUGAGGAUCCUCAUGGCUUCGAUGGCGACGUGAAGCUUACUGGCUUUACGACCGACCUUGGUGACUUCUCGAUCGAUGUUACUUCUGGCCCCGAUAGCAAUGAGCAUCCGGAGCAUGACCACCCUACCUAUGAGGAGAAGCCCCUGGACCGUACCUUGGUGUCGAGUUUGACACUGCAUCCGGAACAACUCUGGCAAACGAAAGUUAUCAUGUUCACCCAGAUGAAGAAAGAGGUUGACGAAAUGGUCCAGAAGUAUGGAUCAGACAACCCUCCCCCUCCGUACCAGAUUUUCACCGUCAAGAAUGAACCUGGUGAUGGAAACAUGCACCUUGUGCAAAAGGUCUUCAAGGGUGCCUUUGAGUUCGAUAUUCUCUUCUCCUCUGGCUCUUCACCACAGCCUAUGACAUCUGAGCUUCUUACUGAGCAGAUCUCAAGCGCCUCGCUUGAAUUCGCGGACCGGUUCAAGAAGGUUCACCCCCCACAGUCUCCAUUUGAUACUGCGGAAUACUCUGAAUUCUCCAAGUCCAUGCUCUCCAACCUUGUCGGUGGCAUUGGAUACUUCCACGGAUCUGAUAUCGUGGAUCGUUCGGCGGCACCAGAGUAUGAAGAGGAAAAUGAAGGUUUCUGGGAAGAAGCUGCCGAAGCCAGGGCUCGGGUACAGCCUGUUCUUGAAGGGCCGAAGGAUCUUUUCACUGCUGUUCCAUCUCGCCCAUUCUUCCCUAGAGGCUUCCUCUGGGAUGAAGGAUUCCACUUGAUCCCUGUUGUCGAUUGGGACACGGACCUCGCGCUCGAGAUCGUGAAGAGCUGGCUCAACUUGAUGGACGAAGACGGUUGGAUUGCUCGCGAGCAGAUCCUCGGUUCUGAAGCUCGCAGCAAGGUUCCGCCCGAGUUUACCGUCCAGUAUCCUCAUUACGCGAACCCGCCGACACUUUUCAUCAUCCUUGAGGCUUUCAUCGAUAAGCUGGAUGCAAAGAAGAAUGCUUCGAUGCAGACUUACGCUGAUGUCGAGGCCACAGACGGCCUCCGCUCCAUUUACGUUGAACAGCCGGAACUGGGUGAAGCUUUUAUCCGUUCAAUCUACCCGUUGCUCAAGAGGCACUACUUCUGGUACAGAAGUACUCAGAAGGGUGACAUCAAGUCCUAUGACCGGGAAGCAUACUCUACCAGGGAGGCGUACCGUUGGCGAGGACGUUCGGUCCAGCAUAUCCUGACCUCUGGAUUGGAUGAUUAUCCUCGGCCUCAACCUCCUCACCCUGGUGAGCUGCAUGUGGACCUUAUCAGUUGGAUGGGCAUGAUGACUCGGGCUCUCCGUCGUAUCGCUGUGACCAUUGGAGAAACGGAGGAUGCCGAAGUUCUCAAGACUUACGAAACCGCCAUUGAGAGAAACAUUGAUGAUCUCCACUGGGAUGAUGACGCUCAUACUUUCUGCGAUGCAACUAUCGAUGAAUAUGAGGAGAGCGUUCAUGUCUGCCACAAGGGUUACAUCUCCAUCUUCCCCUUCCUGACAGGUAUGCUGGGCUCGGAUAGCCCGCGCUUGAAGGCAAUUCUGGAUUUGAUUGGAGAUCCGGAAGAGCUCUGGAGUGAUUAUGGUAUCCGCAGCUUGAGCAAGAAGGACGAGUUCUACGGCACUGCUGAGAACUACUGGAGGAGUCCCAUCUGGGUCAACAUCAACUACCUGGUGCUCAAGAACCUUUAUGACAUUGCCAUCGUGCCUGGCCCUCACAGGAAACAGGCCCGUGAUCUGUACUCCAACCUCCGGAAGAACUUGGUUGAGAAUGUCUUCAGGGAGUGGAAGAAGACCGGAUUUGCCUGGGAGCAGUACAACCCCGAAACCGGAAAUGGACAACGGACGCAGCAUUUCACCGGCUGGACCAGUAUGGUGGUGAAGAUGAUGUCCAUGCCCGAUUUGCCCGCCAGCGAGCAGCAAGGCCACGACGAAUUGUAACCCUAUAGAGGUGAAGUGUGUAUGGUAUAGUUGAGGUAUCCUAGAGUAACACCAAAGUCU